AAUUAAAUAAAUUUUGAAAAAAAAUCAUUAAUACAGAUGACAAAAACAAGUUUUGUUCGACUCACCGCAAGGCGGGAACAUUUUUCUAUUAAGACAGAGCAGUCAGUGAAUUUUUUCAGUUUGCAAAUGCAAAUGGGCAGCUUAGGGUUUCGUUCUCCCCAAUUCUCCGAGGAAUUGGCUUGGCUUCCGGCUUGUCUUCAACGAAUCACGGACACCUCAGUGGAGCCCAAAAGCCCUUCUCACCAACAAUUUAAGGAGUUUUCAUGUAUACAAGGAGAAGAUUCGGAGUUGUUGUGGAAGGAAGAAAGUCGAUGUAGUAGUUUUCGGUUAUUCUUGUCCGGAGAAGACAAUUCGCCGAUUAGUUCUUUUCUAUCUUCCAAUGGUGUGCUUCAUUUUCAUCUACAUCUCUCAUCAGAUGGUGAUUCACAGUAUUACCAAAGUCAACUUUUAAGUACAUCUACUGCUCAGCAUGGCUCUGAUAAAGUUCUGCAAUUACGGCAUGUUGAAAUUUCAGCUGGAAGGGGAGAAAAUACUGACCAAAUAAAAACGAAAAAUAAUGCUGGUGGGGUAAAUGCCUUGCCUAUGACUUCCAUUCCAAGAGCUGCCGAGAAUGUUGGUCCACAAUCAUCAAAUCAUGUCAAGCUUUCCAGUGAGCGUUCUGUAGAAAAAGUCACCGUCAGAAACCUCAAAAGUACUGAUAUUAAAGAUGCAGUCGAACUCUCUAUUGCUGCAUCAGAAGCACUAGUGAUACAUGAAUUAGUGAAGAGUGAGUCAGCUUUAGAAGCUUUCCCUACAGCAGCAGUACUUGAAGCUGCACUUCAGGUUAAGCAAGCACGCUUGGAUAGCUCAGAAGAUGCAUUUGAUUGCCCAACCGAGAAAAGUGAUGAGACGGACUUUCUUUCGGACUUGGAUGAUUUAACCAUGGCUGAUGCAUUUGAAGAUGUAGGACUAUCUUUCAAUGGCUUUGAUGAUCAGCAUGCCUGUGGUUCAGAUGUAUCUCUAGUUAAAGAUACUCCUAUGUCUGAAAAUUGUUUUGGGUGUGAGAAUAGAACCGAAAAUGCAGGACAUUUUUCUCUUCAGAAUAAACCUUCUAAUAAUCCAACUUCUGGCUUAAAGAACUCUGGUUUUCCUAACAAUUCUGAUCCAAUGUUGCAUAAGUUGUUCCUGGAGAGUUCACAUGUUUCAGAAACUGUGCAGAGAGUUGGCUUUUCGAUGGUGGAUGCUUCUAUUCAACCUCAGGCUGAUUUCAAUUGUUCUGAUUUAUGGAAUGUGGAGAAUGCUGCAGGGGAAAGUAAUACAAGUACGUACAUUGCUAAUGGUUUCAGAAGUCGUUGGUUCGGUGGUUGGACAGGGAAGGAAGCUGAUCCUGUACAGCUGAAACCAAAAAUAAAAAAUAUCCCAAAGUGUUUUGCUGCUGAGACUAGUUUCUUCUCUGAAUCUGCAGAUCUUGCACCUGAUGAAAACUCUUUUAUCUUGAAGUGUGAAAAAAAUAGAUAUGAGAUAGCCUCAGAUAAAAGUGUACUCUUUGAGGGUUUAUCUGAUAAAGUUGAUGAGGGCAUUAUGGCUUCUCAAGAAGUUAGGUCCUCUAAUCUAUCCGUGGUGGAUCCUCUUUGUUCCAUUGUUCCUUGCAGUAUUUCUUCAGAAAGUGCUGGUGCCACAUUGGGUCAGAAAGGAAAAACUGGGGAGGCUACUGCUGGAAACUGCUUUGGCUCAUCAGCAGGGCUUGGGAAUGAGAGUGUGCAUGUUGAAUCUAUCCAUGAGACCAGGCAAGCUCCGCCCACAUUUGGUGGUGAAUGUUCUGCAGCAAAAGUUCGAAGGCUGUUGACCUCACUUAAAACAUAUAGUAAAGUAUUGCAUGAACGUGAUUCUAUUUUGGGAAGUGAAAGACUUUGUCUUAAUCAAUCAACCCCUUUCCACUUGGGAGACAACAACAACCGAAUUAGAUUUUCUGAUAAAAGAAAUUCUGAUAUGUCCUUGGCUGUAGGCUCCAUACCUGAGUGUACUAUUGGUCGAGAUAUUGAAGUAAAUAGGCAUACUACCCUUGUGGAUAAUCCAGAUGGAGAAACUAUGAAUGACAAGAAGAAUUAUGACGAACAUGCAAAAGAUAGGGCCGACUUGCAGCACCAGCCUUCCAGGGGAAGAAGCUCACCUCUUAUUGUACCAAAAAGGAUGCGCCAGCGACUUCAGGCUGCCAGAGUUUUGGAUUGUGGUUCACUUAGAAAGGCAAAAGCAGAACACGCUGUUGCACAAGAUGUCUCAGUUGCUCUUAACUCAGGCAGCAGUCUUCAGUGGAUAGAAUCUGUGUGCAAUAAUCCCUUUGAUAUGCAAGUACCAUCUAGAAAAAGAGUUCAUUUCUCAGAAAUUGAAGUCAAUCUUCACCAAAACGAGGACCUCGCCAAGCGACAAUCGUUGCACCAAAAAUGCUCUGCUUCAAGACCUAGCAAAACAUUUAAACAAAUUCAAGAUAGUAAAUGGUUUUCCACAAUGCACUUCAGGGAUCAGAAGAGUUCGAUGUUUCAGGGUAUAAAGUUUCUGCUUACAGGAUUUUCGAGUCGGAAGGAGAAGGAAUUUCAGGGACUGAUAUGGAAAUAUGGUGGUAUUGUUCUGGUUGAUAUUCCAUCUCCUUCAAACAAGGGAAAGAGAUGUUCAAGGAAUAAGUUCCUGCAGCUUCCUAUUGUUCUAUGCCCAAAGAAGCUACAAACUACCAAGUUCUUGUAUGCAUGUGCGGUGAAUUCAUUAAUUCUAAAAGAUAAGUGGCUUUCUGAUUCAAUUGCAGCUGGUACAGCACUAUCACCUGGAAAAUACAUGGUUCUAUUGAAUCAGAAUCAGCCAGACACUAGAUUUACAAGAAUUGGGAAGCCUGUUUGUCAUGAUAACAAUCUAUAUAUUUUUGAUGGAGUUGGAAUUAUGCUUCAUGGGAAGCAGCAUUUCUGCACCAAAUUUGCUAAAGUAAUCCAGCAUGGAGGUGGACGCGUGUUCAAAACUCUAAUGUGGUUAGCUCAAAAUCUCGAUACUGAAAAAAUAUCUUUGGCAGUUAUUGUUUCUGAGGAGGAGAAUAGGGCUUCUCGUCACCUAAGGCACUGUGCUUCUGAGAGAAAUAUACCCAUGAUGCCAAGUAGCUGGAUUGUGAGGAGCUUGUACUCAGGGAAGCUCCUUCCUUUUGUUGAAAAGAAGCAUACCACUUUGCAUGCUGUCAUGGGUGCUGAAUUUUCGGUCUCUGAUACUUGGAGUCAAGAAAUUUGAACUAUGCUUGAGGGGUUCAGUUUGCCAAAAAAAAAAAAAUGGAAAAGCAUAUUGAGUCAAAGGACAGCUUUUCCAGUUGAGUAUGGUUUCCAUGGAAUGGAAGGAGAGGUAACUAAUGGUUCAUUUUCUUUUCCCCUUGGAUGGCCAUAUUUCUCUCCCUAGGUUGCUGUGAGACUUGAUUUAAUCAGUGCUAAGAACAUGAAAUGCACAUGCAUGAUGACUGCAGCCGCCAACACUCUAAUACAGUUAAAUAUUUGGAUUACCGAGUACCGAUUUCAAUUGCUGAGCUGGGACAGCAGAGUAGCUUCAGUGGAUAUGGCCUCAUGUAUUCAAACCUAGUUGAAGUUGGGAAAACAGAUGGUUUGGAUAUGGCAAGAGCGCCUGUUGCAUCCUUUGAUAAGAGGAGUUAUAACUUUCGGAGAAGCUGCCAGAGAAGUCCUUGAUUGCUUAUAUUGGGCUGUUUGUUAUCAAAUUGCUCUCUGCUGUGGUUAUGCUGGAAAGUUAGUGUGAGCUGGUUCUCUCAUUUACUCUGUCUAUCUAGCUGUAAAGAAUAUGACAGGUAUUGUUAAGAAUUUGUGUUGACCUACAUUGUUGAUCGCGUUUUUAUUUGUGAAGCAAAUGCUGUAUGCAGCAG